AUGACGGACGAAGAGGAGACAAGAUGUGUGGAUCUUCGUCAGUCGUGGCGAACUUUCAUGGUUCCCCGCAGCAGGACGAGGGCAGGGAGGGCAGGCGGUGGGGGUUGUGGCAAUUACACGCUCCUUCGCCGUUUCCGCGUAGUUGGAACGGAGGCUGACGAUCAGCCGCUCUUCUUUCUUUCCCUUAUUAGCCCAAACCGAGAAUUGCUCAGCGCGACGGCCCACCUGUUCGUUCAGUUUAACGCUCAGUUCCGCGACUGUGUGAAGGAGAGCGAAAACAAAAUGACGACGUUGCGUGAUCUCCAUGAACAGCAGCUAACAGACCUUCUGGAGGCGGCAAACCGAGACACCAAAGACAUGCUGGUGGGCUCAGAGCUGACGCAGAGGUUUGUCCUGAGGCAUCAAGAGGAACUAGAGGAACUGCAGCAGGAAUGCCGCGAAAGCGAAAGAUCUCUCGAGCUGGAGCUGCGGCAGGGACUACUUGCCUUCUUGAAAACAUCCGCACCCGAUGCUCUGACUGCCCUUACAAGGGAAAAACUACGCGUAGGCGUUGAUCAAGGCACUCGCAUUACAAAUAUUUCGCACUUCGUCCCUUCACCAGUUCCUGUGCGCACGGUGGAGUUACCAAAUCUUCUGCGCUACGAGAAGGUUGGAGUUCGCGCGAAGGACAUUUCACUACGACCCGUGGUUGUAGACGUCUCACCGACAUCAUUUCUGCAAACCUGUCUCACUUCCCUUUGCUCAGAGGACGACGACACAGCACCUGCUGUGACGGAACAUCUUCUUCGUUUGUCACAGCAGACUCACGCCGUGCUUUUGCUCAUUGGUUCGCGGGCGGAGGCGGAAACACUCUUGUCAACGCAGUCUGCUGAGCUUUUGCUGGACAACUCUUUUUAUUCUUGGGAAUAUCCACGGUUUGCUUCGUUAAGGCGACACCGUUAUUUGAAAUUGAUGCUUUCCACACGGUUUUGGGGUGCCAAUAUUAUUUUGCUUUGGACGCCGCCCAAAGAGGCAGGACCUCCGUCGGGGUGGCCCUUCGCCGUGGAGGAUGCGCUUAACUUGGCCUUCUCUUGGAAUGCGGACAUGUUCUCAGUGGCCGUCAUGACGUCGUCGAGUUAUUGGCAUGCUGCCUCUUUUCGGAGUUCCACUGAACAGGCGCAGGAUGUGGCCAUGGCGGUCCUGCGUCAGUUGCAGCGUGGUGUGGCUCGACUCGCGCACGAGGCUGCGGGGGUCAAACUCUCCACAACGUGGGGGAUGCCAGAGGCGCCUGCGACACAAGCGGCACCGCAGCCGCAGCGAUGGGACGACGGCUACGCUGCCAACUCUCCUGCUUCAGCAGGGAUGCCGCAGCUGGCAUUUAAUACAAACAUCGCCAUUCGUGCCUUCUUUCCCUUUUCCGUUUCUCGGGCAGAAGGAGAGGGGCGACCUUCGUCGCACAGCGGCGCUCUGGCUGCCGCCGCUUCUUUUCCCUCCUUCCUUGCUGAAGCUGGUAGUCCUGAUGGCGAGGCAAAGACGGAAGGAGGUCGGCAGAGGCGCAGCGUCCCUUUUGCGUCAGUUUCAAGUGGUGAAAGUUUUUCAAGUGACUUGGCGGCCUCACGUGAAGGUGAUUGUCGCUCACAGCAGCCAAUGUCGUUCAAGAAGUUGCUCGUGUACACUUUUGGCAAAACGGUUGUAGUUCAUUGA